CGCCGCGCGAAACAGCAGAGCACAAUGCUCGCUUCUGCGGCUUCCAACGAGGCAGAGCGAUUGCAUUGUGCCCAUGGAGAUGAAAGGAAAAAAGUAAACAAGCUGCUGCCAGCGAUCUACUACGGUGCGUGUUCUGCUGAUACAGGCAGGUGCCUGCUGUUAGCGCUCGCUCGCCCGUGCAAUGCUGAGCUGUCUCGCAAGCUCAGCAUAACUCUUUCCGUCGCGCGUGAACCACGGUGCCCACGGCUCCUUGAACAGUCGCUGGCUACGAUGAUCAAAAAGGGAUAUAACGAAAAAAAAAAAUCCGCCUUGCCGGGGGCUAUUAAUAGAUAUCCGAUGUCUCUUUGCUGCCAGAAACAGGGUGUCAUCGCCUGCUCGAGUAAAUUACCUUGCAUCCGACAGCUCAGCGAUGGCCAGCUCUGUGCUCUGCGACUCGUGCGCCAGACCAAGGCUGCGCUCGAUGUCGCUUCGCUUACCUCUCUGCUGCCGCGCGCUUUGGGCAACUGCCUCGACUGCGGCCUCCAGGGGCUGCGCGCCCGAUGGCUGGCUGGCGAUAUCGCCCCUGCCUACAGAUAUGCGAUCAUUUUAGCAAUCAAUCCGUUCGAGGCGUUUGCGCAGCUCUUCCAUGUCGCCCGCAAUCGUGUCCAUCACAUGGCUGCGGUGGAGACAUUCCCCCGUCGCUUGGCUGUGCCUUGUCUUUUUUUACGAACCUCUUAUCAACUGAUCUGCAAGCCGGGUCACGACCACAUCAUUUGCCUACAUUUCUCCAUUGGAGAAAAAUAUCGGAUAUCUUACCUGCCCAGAGGCUCCAGAACCCACGGCCCGGGCAAUAUCGGCCAGAGCCUGCCUAGUCGGAUCGCCGUCAGGGUAAGUGCUGGCGCGGCUGAUUUUCCAGCUCGCCUCGUUCUGACUCUGCAAUUGCGCCAGCUCCACACCAUUCCACGCCUCUCGCAGGUCAACGUAUCGCAGGGCCUUAAGCAGCGCCUCACUCUGAGGCACCACCUGACCGUUGACGAGAUCAGCAGUCUACAAGAUCCACGGGAGGGCACAUGCCAGAAUAAUACUUGCCUGUUGCACCGAAUCCCGAAUCGCACGCAGCAUGCUGCCAAGACGCUCCAUCUGUGACGCAAUAUCCUGCACCUGCUCAUAUGAAUCCGCCUUUGCCCACAUCCCCGAGUCGCUAGCAUCCGCAGGGCCGAUUUCUGGCACAAAUCCAGCGAACUCUCCCGCUGACCUGCGCCAGCGCGUCCGCCUCGACUGCACGCAAUACCGCAUUCCUGAAAUCGCGCGGUGCGCUAUUUGGUGCCGCCUGUGCAUUGAGAUGUCUGGAGAUCCGCUCCAACGUCCAUUUCCAGCUCCGCCGCC